CUUUGGGAAAAAGCGGCACACCAGCAUCUUCCCGUUUCCAACGCUCCAACGUCGUCGUCUACUCAGUCCCAUGCCAUCAAUGUGCAGUCAUACUCUUCCGACAGAGACGCUUAACGGAGGGCACCCAGAACGGCCCGCAUUUGCCUAUGUUCCACCACCACCGCCCGCAAAGACCUUUUCUCCUCUGGAGGACGUCCGCCGUGUAAUAGCAAGUAAAGACCCAAUAGCACCCAUAAUCAAAGAAACGUAUGAGGUCAUACUAGAGGCUUUACGGCGCUACAGAACAGACGGCCUAGCUCUGUCAUUCAACGGUGGGAAAGACUGCACAGUCCUUCUGCACCUUCUCUAUGCGGCUCGACAGCAAUACGAGGCCGAGAACCAAUCAGGGCCAAUACAUAUAAACACCCUCUAUGUUGCACACACGGACUCUUUUCCGGAAGUAGACGAGUUUGUGGAGUUCUGUGAGCGGAGAUAUACCAUGGACCUGAUGAAGAUAUAUGGCCCGAUGAAGGAAGGAAUUCGCAACUUCCUGGAGUUCCAUCCCCAGACGAAGGCGAUGUUGGUGGGAACAAGGCGGACGGAUCCAUUUGGAGAGAAACUAGAGCCUUUUCAAAUGACAGAUCCGGGGUGGCCACCAAUAAUGCGGGUACACCCAAUCUUAGACUGGGACUACACAGCAAUAUGGCGCGGGAUGGAACUCCUUCACGUGCCAUAUUGCAUCUUAUAUGAUGAAGGAUACACAUCCUUGGGCGGCGUAGACAACACACAACGUAAUCCAGCAUUACGAAACGACUCUGACGGGUAUGAUCCCGCGUAUAAGUUAACGGAUGGCACCAGAGAACGUGACGGUAGAAUACGGAAGCUGUAGAUAGACGAGACGGAAUAAUGCCAUUGUAGAUAGAGCGUACUCAUGGUGGUCGUAACGUGACUGCCUCUUGAAUGCGCUUUGCACACCUACCCAAGAAAAUGAGAACUCCAAUAGAGGAGCAGUUUUGGAUGGACAUCAUUGCGCGGCGUGGUAGAAGAAUAACGUUG